AUGAUUGUAAAUCUGGUACGUCAUUAUUUGAGAAACAUUCUAGGAGCGCAUAAAGGUAUAUUUUAUUUUUAUCUUAAUACAAUAAAUUAGUAUCAAAAUUAAUAUUUGAAUUAUCUAUAUACAUAUUGUAAUUUAUUUUGAAUUACUUAUAAUAACAGGUAUUGUGUGUAAAAAGAUUAAAAUAAAUAUUUGAUUUUUUCAGAAAUUCAAUAUAUUUAUAAAAUGAAUUAUUCCAGUGUCAAGAAUUUUAAUAAAUAUAAAACUUUAGCAAUAUCAGUACCAAAAAAAUUCAUUUAUAACGUACAGUUAAACAGACCUGAAAAGCUUAAUGCAUUAAAUGAUACUAUGUGGAAGUAUUGAUGUACAAGAUAUAAUGAAAUUUGGCCAAGAAUUAGCAGUACAUGAAGAUAUUGCACGUAAAUCAAAAAUUUUACAAUUACGUAUUAAAAACUAUCAAGAUAGUUUUACUGCAAUAGAAAAGUGUCCAAAACCAGUGAUUGCAGCCAUAAAUGGCGCAUGUAUUGGAGGUGGAGUCGAUAUGAUAUCAGCGGCAGAUAUUCGUUAUUGUUCUUCAGAUGCAUGGUUUCAAAUAAAAGAAGUUGAUAUUGGAAUGGCUGCUGAUGUUGGUACAUUACAAAGAUUUCAAAAAAUUAUAGGUUCUGAUAGCUUGGUAAGAGAACUUGUUUAUACUGCAAGAAAAUUUACAGCUGCUGAAGCUGUACAACAAGGUUUUGUGAGCCGUUCAUUUGAUAAUCAAGAAAGUUUAUUAAAUGGCUCAAUAGAACUUGCAGAAGAAAUAGCAAAUAAAAGUCCAGUUGCAAUACAGGGUUCAAAAUUAAGUUUAAUAUAUUCGAGAGAUCAUUCUGUUCAAGAAGGCCUCGAUCACAUUGAAAUUUACUUGCGUUCGUUGAUAGCCUUAGUUAUAUAUCCUAGAAAUUUAUUUAAUGGUACGCUAUUAUUUACUACAUCUUCCACUUCAACUUGUAUUUCUUGUAAUUCGGCUUCUGUCACAACACAUCCUAAUGCCCUAAUAACAGUCCCCAAAUCUCUAACAUCUAUUUCACCAGUCUUUGCAGUAUCAAAUACAUCAAAUAUUUCACAAAGUCUUUUCUCCAACAAUGUUGGUUCUGGUAAUGGUACUGCACAAAAAGUAUUGGUUAUAAAAAUACAUGAAAAAUAUGUAAUAUAAAAUUACAAUGCUAGUAAACAAUAUGAAUUAAACAAUAUAGUAUUACACUGUGCCAUGUAUCUUUUAUAUUACAUAAAAAUUAUGUAGCUAUAAAUUAUAAUUCAUAUGUAGUUUUUUGUAUACAAAUUGACUACAUAUCUAUCUAACUGUUUGAUCAAUAUAACGUUUAUAAGAACAUAGAUUUUUAUAUGUGCGAAUUCUUUCUUAUAGUAAUGUAUAAUAUUUUAUAUAUUUCUAAAUUAUAAAUUAUUAUAUAUUACAUUUAUACAUACAUUUAAAUGUAUAUUAUAUAUACAUUUAUCAUUAUAAAUGAUACAUACAUUGUACAGAUUCAAUUUUCGUUAACCGCCGUGCUAUAAUACUUUGUCUAAUAGAUUCUCGACUUGCACGAAUUGUUAUAAGUUCCGCUGCUGAUUUCAUUAUGUAUUUUAAAUUUUAAUUUAGAUUCGUUUUAAAAAUAUAAUUUAUAAAACACAAGAAAAAAAUUCUUUAUAAAAAUUUAUUGCCUAAAUAAUAUUUCUUUGACAAAAGAUAACUCAUGAAUUUAGCAAAUAAAAAAAUCAAUGUUAUAUUGUUCUUCAUUUGUACAAAAUUCUAAUUAAUAUAUAUAUACAUACACUCAUAUUAUUUAUAUUUAAUUUAUAUUUGUAUUUAUGGUUCAAAUAUGUUUACAAAAAAUUAGCUUUUAGAAAUAGAUAUUUCAUAAAAAGUACAAAUACAAGUAAUCAUUACUAUUUUUAAUAAAAAAUGUUUUUUCAGUCAAAUUUUAUAUCGAAUCGGAGACUAAGAAUCAAAUAGGAGAAAUUUAA